CACUAAGGAACAAGUGACCUGUCUCUAAGGCAGUGGGACUUCUGAACAGCCGUUGUGUCCAGGAGAGCAUGUGUGUAUGUUAUGCGUUUGUGUGUAUAAACACACAUAGCUAUGAAUACUAGUUGAGGCUGAGAACCCCAAAGAAUAGUUCUUACUGUCGGAAAAGCAUAAGCUGGAGGAAGACUAAAACACUGCAAAGAGAAAACGAAACCCAGAUUCUGGUCUGGCGUCCUUUCCCGGGAAAACUGUUGUAUGGAAAUGUAUGCCACAGAACUUGUUGAAGGAUGAAAUGGAAAACAGAGCCGUAGACCAGUAAGGUGGUGCUAGGACCUGAAAAGCCUCAGAUCUGGUUAAGCAAGGCAGCACUAUUAACAGGAGAACCCCCCCCCCCCCUGCUCUUUGGGGAGGGAGAGAAGAGCUAGGGAAUCCUGGCUACUUCCCAGGAAAUGCCUGGUUUGUACUGAGGAGGAGAGAUCUUGGAGCAGAGGCUAAGGCUAGGAACUGCCCUGAAAUGAACAAAGUCCUUCUGCCAUGUCCCACCAACCACUUAGCUGCCUGACUGAAAAGGGGGACAGCCCCAGUGAGACCACAGGAAAUGGACCCCCCAACCUGGCCCACCCAAAUCUGGACACGUUCACACCAGAGGAACUGCUACAGCAGAUGAAGGAGCUCCUGACCGAGAACCAUCAGCUCAAAGAAGCCAUGAAGCUGAAUAAUCAGGCUAUGAAAGGGCGAUUUGAAGAGCUUUCAGCCUGGACAGAGAAACAGAAGGAAGAACGCCUAUUUUUUGAGAUACAGAGCAAGGAAGCCAAAGAGCGUCUCGUGGCUUUGAGUCAUGAAAAUGAAAAAUUGAAGGAAGAACUCAGAAAACUAAAAGGGAAAACAGAAAGGCCCCUUGAGGACCCCACUGGGGACCCCAAAGUCCCCAAGGCAGAAGCAGACCAGGAAAUGGAACAGCUGAAGACCCAGGUGGCCCGUCUUCAGGCUGAAAAGGCAGAUCUGCUGGGCAUCGUGUCUGAACUACAGCUCAAGCUGAACUCAGGCGGCCCCUCAGAAGACUCCUUUGUUGAAAUCAGGAUGGCUGAAGGAGAAGCAGAUGUGGCACUGAAAGAAAUCAAGACAAGUCCUGGGCCCACAAGAACUGAUUCCGUUGACACGAGCAAAUUUGCAGAAGGUGCCAGGAAUUAUGUGGAAUUUGAAGAAUUAACUGUGAGCCAGCUCCUGCUUUGUCUAAGGGAAGGAAACCAGAAGGUGGAGAGACUUGAAAUUGCCCUCAAGGAAGCCAAAGAAAGAGUUUCAUAUUUUGAAAAGAAAGCCAGUGAUCAUGCGGAAGUCGAGACCCAGACAGAGACGAGCAAAGAAAAAGAGAAAGAAGAGGGGAAAGGCCCAGAAACCGUUGGAAGCGAAGUGGAGACGUUGAACCUUCAGGUGACCACCCUAUUUAAGGAGCUUCAAGAGGCUCAUACAAAACUCAGCGAAGCUGAGCUAAUGAAGAAGAGACUUCAAGAGAAAUGUCAGGCCCUUGAAAGGAAGAAUUCUGCAACCCCAUCAGAGCUGAAUGAAAAGCAGGAGCUUGUUUAUAACAACAAAAAGUUGGAACUACAAGUGGAAAGCAUGCGAUCAGAAAUCAAAAUGGAGCAAGCUAAAACUGAAGAUGAAAAGUCCAAGGUAGCCACUCUCCAGGUGACACAUAACAAGCUUCUUCAAGAAUACAAUAAUUCGUUGAAAAUGAUCGAGGAACUGAAAAGGAAAGAGUCAGAAAAAGUGGAUAAGGUGGUACUACAAGAACUAAGCGAGAAACUGGCGCUGGCAGAGAAGGCGCUGGCUUCCAAGCAGCUUCAGAUGGACGAGAUGAAGCAGACCAUCGCCAAGCAGGAGGAGGACCUGGAGACCAUGACCGUCCUGAGGGCUCAGAUGGAAGUUUACUGUUCUGACUUUCAUGCUGAAAGAGCGGCAAGAGAGAAAAUACACGAAGAAAAGGAGCAGCUGGCUUUGCAGCUGGCAAUUCUGCUGAAAGAGAAUAACGAUUUUGAAGAUGGAGGCAGUAGGCAGUCCUUGAUGGAGAUGCAGAGCCGUCAUGGGGCAAGAACAAGUGACCCUGACCAGCAGGCCUACCUCGCUCAGAGAGGAGAUGAGGAUACCAACUGGAGGCAGCAGCAACAGCGGAAUAUUCCAAUCCAUUCGUGCCCCAAAUGUGGAGAAGUUCUGCCUGACAUAGACACGCUACAGAUCCAUGUUAUGGACUGCAUCAUUUAAGUGUUCACACCCCACUUCCCCCAAACUGUUGGUAAAUAUCAGAUUUUUUCCUCCAAGAGUUGUGCUUCUGUGUUAUUUGUUUUCACUCAGACAUUUUGCCUCAUUAUGCUUAUUUUAGGAGGAAGAAAAUCAAUAUGCCCUAAGUAGGACAUUUUUUUGUGGAUUUCCUUAGAAUCCUUAACGUGCCACUCUUCUGAUAGAUUCUUUAUUUUUGAGGGGGUUCCGUGUAUGUGAGCUGAACUGUUCAUGCAGUUAAUAAGUGUGUAACAUCAUGGGACAGGGUAAAUAUAACCAAUGGAAGAGGCCUCACAGAUGAACAUUGAGAACCUUUUAAGGAGGCAGGAAAAAUGAAGUGGCUACAGAUUUCAUCAAGAAAAGUCAUCUUUGGAGGUUUUUUAAAAUAAAUUGUUAUUUUUCUUGAUUUAAGACACAUUUAUAUGGGGUUGUGUGUAUGUUGUAGUUUUAUUGCAGCCACAGUAAUUGUACCAAAGGUGAUAUGGCUCUUUUCAUAUGAGCACUGUGGGCUCUUACUUGAUCAUCCAGAUAAGUGACAAUAUAGCGGUAUAUGUGAGAUACGUACAUCAGGUUCACUGGUUUCAUUGUGCUGCAGGUAUAUGGAUGUGUACAGUAGUUUAUUAAUUUCUAAAAUAGAACAGCUGUCUUUUGAUUUUCCUGGAUCAAGCUGUAUACUCAUUAUCACAAAAAUAGGUAUUGUAAAAUACAAUUUUGCUUUUGAAUCUUUCACAUCGUUCAUAUAUGAUUGGCCAAUUUCAUAGGCUGUAUUUUUCCAUAUUCAGCUUCAUAGUGGCUUAAUACUUAUUCAUAUCUGUUUUGCUAAGUCUAUGAAUAUAUACAAAUCCCUUUACUAGAGUCUACUAUUUGUUGUUUGAAUUAAAAAUUAUUCUUGCUAAGGAGGUGAAAAAAUAGAGAUUUGCCAUAUUUUGUAAAUCUACAGUUUAGUGAGAUUAGCUAAUACUGGGCUAGUCAUAAAAGUAAACAGUGUCCUUGUGUGUCUAUAUCCUAGAACGUUUAGAAGAAAAUUAGGCAAACUUGAUUUAAUACACACACGCGCGCGCGCGCGCGCGCGUGUGUGUGUACAUCUGUGUUUUUUAAACCAGGAAUCAAAACUGCUAAUUCUGUCUUCAUGCCAAGAGACCACACUGCACAGAUUCACUAAUAACUGAGAUUCCCCCAUGUCAGUCCACAGAGAAUGCUUCUUAAAGACAUUUCUAAAAUAACCAUGAAAUUCUCAUUUUUAAUUUCUUAUUUGUUUCUAGUUUAAACUUUUUUCCUUACUAUUUUAUAUUAGAGGAAAUAGAUUUCAACAGUAUCUUAAAUAGAAAAGCAACCCAAAUGGUUUCACGUUUAAGUUAAGAGACUAUCCUUUUAUGUUGUUCAAGUAAACAUAUUAAGCUGAUCCCAACCCUGAAGUAACAGUGUGAGUGGGCUUAUUAAGCCUGUGAUCAAAUUGUCUGCUGGAUAAUUAAAAGGAUUGCAAAAGAAGGCUAGUUCAAAAAGUCACCUUAAAUUAAAGCUCCUCUACUGAGGGAAUCAAACAGUUUGGUAAACAGUUUGUAAACUCUGUUCAUGCCUUCUCUAAAUAAUUAGUCUCUUCAGAGGCCUGGUUCCAUGUAACCAGGUAAUGACACCUCAUCAGAAUGUUGGCCCCUCUUCUGGGGCCAGCUCUACCGUGUUCUCGAAGUGUGGCUGACUGGGAGCAAUAGAAAAAUGGAAACUGGAAAAAGAUAGGAACAAGCCAAUGAAAAUUUUAUACCUAACUAAUUUCAUAAUAUUGAUCCUUCAAAUAUUGUAUUUUAAAGUCAUUUUGAUCUAGUCUGGCCUAUAAGGAGCUUAAAAGUCAUCACUUCCAUCCCUGUAACAAGAAAAAGACUGGACAAACUCAAAAUCAUCAACUCUCUUUAAAUCCCUCAGAGAACUGAAGUCACAGGGCAAACCACUGCCCAGAAAUUAGAGAGACAGUCAGGUACAAAGAGUCUCAGAUUUUACCAGAUCAGGGUCUCAGGAGCAGAAAGCACUCAGUCAGCAUCUGAGUAGGAGAACUUAAACUAAUUGAAGAAUUGCCAAAGGCUUGGUGUGGACAAACUUGAGAAUUAAAAACGCUAGCAGGAGUCCAUUCUUAAGAGGCCCCCACACUUCUGUGAGUUUUAGCUCCAGGAGCCCUAGGAGCUCCUCAUAGUGAAUAUUUCUGAAAAUUCUCCCCUGCUUUUUAGCAGGAGGAGGGGGAAAGUAGCCAUUUUGAAAUACACCGCGCGCUCUUCUUCUUAGGAAGUUUCCUCAGGGGAAACUGUUUUACCAGAGUCUAACCUUGCUGGGAUAUUAUCAGAGCCUCACUGACCUGGGGGAAAGGAAAUACCCAACUCCAGCCCCCUCUGCUUUUACUCCUCUCACCUAAAGAGGAGAAAAAAGUCUGAGAAGCACUUGUAAAGGUCACCCCCUAGAGGCAGAGCUCAGUAAAAGACCGAAACCUUAUCACAGGACUGCGGAACUCUUCUCCCCCACACAUACCUUACCACAUCAACAAGGUGCCUGCAUAAUAACGAGAUUACAACUGGAAGAACUCAUAUUUGGCUUUACUUAAGAAAAAGUAUGUAGGGAAAUCCGAAGACAACGAAGGAGACAAAACAAGAACAGCAGAGGAAAUUUCAGCCUGUGACAUCUACAGCUGCAGCAGGCAGUAAACACAGUCCAGCUCUUAGCCAGGUAAACAUAAAACCUCACACUAUAGACUCACUUACCUCAGUUCCUUUUACUUGCUACAUCACUUCCAUUUUUCAACAAGAAAUUAUACUGCAUACUAAAAAAAA